AUGUUCAAUUUCCGGUUGACCCGAGUGCCCUCGAUCUCCACUCAUUCCUCAGUAAAUCAAGCCAUCUGCAUGGCUAUGUUGUGUAAUCUCCCCAACAAGCAGAUCGAUGACACCUGCCUUGGCUAUCUUCUCCUUCGAGUGCACUGUUCUCAGUUACAAGAGCGAUAUGAGAGUCCGGUCAACAGGUCAUCGAAAACACGAAGAGACCGAGAAAAGGGAGAGGGCAGAGAGGAAACGAGGGAUUACAUGAAUAUCCGAUUGGAUUAUAACUGUUGA